UUCUUCUCUUCCCGCUGAGACCCUCCUGUCAGAGGAGAGCUGCAGUCCGGAGACAGAGGAAGGCAGAAGCUGCCAGGAGAGCUGGGAGCAAAGAGAAGGGAGAGAGGGACUCCCAGACACCCUUGUCUGCUUAUCCUAGAGGACCAUGAGCACUGGGCAGGAGGCCAGGAGAGAUGAGGGAGACUCCAGGAGAGGCCAGGAAGCCUCGCUUCGGGACCGAGCCCACCUGAGCCAGCAGCGCCGGCUCAAACAGGCCACCCAGUUCUUGCACAAGGACUCGGCUGACUUGCUGCCCCUGGACAGCCUCAAGAGGCUGGGCACCUCCAAGGACCUGCAGCCACACAGUGUGCUCCAAAGACGCCUGGUGGAGGGAAACCAGAGGCGGCUUCAGGGGGAGUCUCCCCUGGUGCAGGCACAGAUCCCCAGCCACGACAGCGGCAGGACCAGUGAGACACAGCGGCCAGUUCUUCUUGUGAACUGCAAGUGCCAGGACCAGAUGCUUCGAGUGGCUGUGGACACAGGGACGCAGCACAAUCAGAUAUCUGCCGGAUGCCUCAGGCGCCUGGGGAAGGUCACAAAAGCCCCAGGUGGGGACCUGGCACCUGGGCCACCAAGUCAGGUAGAAGAGCUGGAGCUACAGCUGGGCCAGGGGACUGUGGCAUGCUCGGCCCAGGUGGUAGACGUGGACAGCCCUGAAUUUUGCCUGGGUCUGCAGACUCUACUUUCCCUCAAGUGCUGCAUUGACCUGGACCGUGGAGUGCUUCGGCUGAAAGCCCCCUUCUCGGAGCUGCCCUUCCUGCCUCUGUACCAAGAGCCUGGCCAGUGA